AUGACUCUUAAAGGACGCAUGGUACACCCAGACAAAAGGAAGGGCUUAUUGUACGUGUAUCAAGGCGAAGAUUCUUUAAUGCACUUUUGUUGGAAAGAUCGUACUACAGGAGAAGUAGAAGAUGAUCUUCUAAUAUUCCCUGAUGAUUGUGAAUUUGUUCGUGUCAAUGAAUGUACUACUGGGAGGGUAUAUGUGCUUAAAUUUAAAUCAUUUUCAAAGAAGUAUUUCUUUUGGAUGCAGGAACCUAAAACAGACAAAGAUGAUGACUACUGUCGCCGUAUAAAUGAGGCUUUGAAUAAUCCUCCCACAUCAGGUGGACGUGGAGGAGGUGGAAGUGGGGGCCAAGAUGGAGAGCUUCAAAAUUUGCUAAAUAAUAUGUCACAACAACAAUUGAUGCAAUUGUUUGGGGGUGUAGGCCAAAUUGGUGGCUUAUCUUCAUUGCUUGGAACUAUGGGCAAUAACAGCAGUGGUACCACUGGCACUCGCCCAUCAGGCAAUAGUGGUAGCAGUUCACGAGGUGGUAGUGCGCCUCGCACGACCUCUGCUGAGGCAGCACGCACUCCCGCACGUCCUCGCUACGCCCCGGCGCCAACCGCCACACCACCUAACACUGCUACUGCUGCUGCCCCUGGUGCCCCUGGUGCUGCUGGUGGUCAGAUCUUCUUAUCUGACUUGCAACGCUACUUCUCUGGGCUGGGCAACGCGCCGGCCGAGGGCGAAUGCGCGGCGGGCGGGUCGGCGGCACCCCGCGUGGACCUGGGCGCUGCGCUGGCGGCCCCCGAGGUGGUGUCCACGGCCAGCGAGCCGCCGCACGCGCAGCGCCUGGCGCCGCACCUGCCGCAGGCCCCGCAGGACGAUGUAAGGACCACACUGCUCUCACCGCAGUUCGCCCAGGCUGCCAACCAGUUUUCUUCGGCGUUGACUUCAGGUCAAAUGGGUCCGGUAAUGUCACAAUUUGGGUUACCAUCGGAAGUGACUUCUGCGGCAAAUACAGGCGACAUGCAAGCUUUCUUCAAAGCAUUGGAGAGUGCAUCAUCUGGUUCAGAUGCUAGCAAGUCUCAAGAUGAUAAAAAGAAAGAUAAACCUCAAGAUGACAAAAACGACAAAAAAGAUGGGGAUGGUGGGAUGUCCUUAGAU